GCGAAACGUGCAUUUUUGUCGUGAACAUUGACGUCAAUAUUCGCGAUGUGUGAUGUCCCUUCAAAGCCACCAUACGUACAUGACGUAGGAGGAAAACAGCGAGAGCUUGAAGCUUGUGCCUAGCCUGUGUGAGUGUGAGAGAUUUCCGAAUUUCGACUGCUGAAUUUUACCGGUUGGUGUCACAUUUAAUUGGAUUAGGCCUACCCAUCAUGCGCCAAGCCAACCAGCCCGGUCCGGGAGUGAUGUUCCAGCCAGUCAGCCAGCCGUUGAUGGCGAGCUCUGGCCCCGUUGGGUUCCAGCCCAACUCGCCAAACAAGAAGGUUCCUGCACUCAUGGGACUAUCCAUAGUCCACGUCGCGCUUGGAUGCUUGAGCACCAUUCUUGGGAUCGUUGCCAUUAUACUUAAGUGUAAUUAUUCGUAUGUUGGAUGGGGACUUUGGAGUGGAGUUUCGUUUUUCGGAGUGACUGGAAUUCUGGGCCUGAUUGGUGCGACUCGAAAGAAUAACAACGGCAUAGUCAUUGCAUUCAUGGUGAUGUCCAUAAUCUCUGCAGCUGUCGCCUUCCAGUUGCUGGUUGCUGCUGCUAUGGCUGCUGCAAGCGAGAGGUAUAGCACUUGCCAUCCAGGCACGUCCUACCGCAGCUCUGGAUCUUGUUAUACCCAGCGACCUGGACGUGUGGCCGUGGAUUCGUUGCUGGCGAUAACCGGCCUUGCUGAGAUGGUGAUCGCUGUCGUGAGUGCGUCCCUGUCCUGCUACGGCAUGUGUAGUUGCUGUCGUUCCUACACCCCCGUUACGGUUCAGUACGUGCCCCAACAGUUGGUACCCAUGAUGCCUGUGCAAGCACAGCAGCAGCAGCAACAGCACUUGCAGCAACAGCAGCAGCAACAGCAGCAGCAGCAGCAACAGCAGUUGCAGCAACAGCAGUUGCAGCAGCAGCAGGAGCAACAGCAGUUGCAGCAGCAGCAGGAGCAACAGCAGUUGCAGCAACAGCAGCAACAACAGUUACAGCAGCAGCAGCCGCAGCAGGCCGGCCACGGUUUUAUUGCAGUGAAUGCACAGCAGCAACAAGGGCCAUCGCAGCAACAACCAAUGCAGGCUCCUACCGCCAUGCAAGGAAGCCCGAUCGGUUCACAGUAUGUGACCGAUUACCGUGCGAGCCCAACCCAGCAGAUGGCAAAUCCUCCCCAGCAAAUCGCUUACGUUCCGCAACCAGUUGGUCCGGCAACUCAAAUGGUGAUCGCUCCCCAGCCCGUCAGUAUGGCUCCCCAGCAAGUGGUGGUCUCGGUACCGAGCCAGACCGCACCAACCGGGCCCGUGGAAGCCGGUGGGCCUACGGCCGAAACCCCGGACGCUUACGCUAACCAGGCGGGCGUUACCAACAGCGGAGGGUCUGAGCAUUUCCAUCACGAUGACAAAGAAGGCCUUUUGGAGACUGUCUAAACUGUAGUCAGUCACUAAAUGCUUUGCACAAUUGCAUAAAAUGCUUUUGAUGUACUGAGCUUGUUUUCACGAUGACUAGUUUGUUAGUUUGCUUUUUAAUACACGUAUAACCUUUUUGGAGAUAUGGCUGGCACAAUAUAGGAAGGCACAAGUUAGAUCUAGAGUGUGUUAUGUUGAGCACCAAAAAGCUAAAACCGAUGCCUCUGGUGGUCCAUACAACUGCUGCAUGUUAUUAUUUGGAACAAAAUUAUGACAACCACAAUUUGUUUUUGUCCAUUCAGGAGUUGAAAUAACUGUAACUUUAUUGAACCACUUUUCAUUCUUAGUUCAGAAGCUGUAUAUGGUCGUUUGACGUUAAAACUUUUUGUGUAUAUCGGUGCAUGUGGGUACAUUUGCAAUAUUUUUACGACACUGUUUCUACAUUAUGAAAAUGUUCUUUUUAAUGGGUAUCAGAGUGAAAGGUUAAGGUAGGAGGGAGCAGAGACGGAAAAUGUUUACGAAUAUCAUCCUUAAAAACAUUAAAAAAACGAAACAUUCAAAAACGGAAGCAAACAUAAAAUAUAAAAUAUUGUACUGGUCAGUGAACCGAUGUGUACCAAAAAAAUACUAAACAUUUAAUCCGUCCACUUCAUUAAUUUACUACAAAUGCAGUGUAAGCAUUACCUUUAACAUAUAGGCAAUUCUUUUCAGGAGUGUUAAACCAUUCAUUAUUAUGUACUCGGUAUUGCAUUUGUAUAGCAUUAACCAGAACUAACUAAAACUAAAAAAGAAAUACAUUCUAUGAACUUUUUAGAGUUGUAAACUGAAACAAAACUGGAUCUAAAUUUAGAACUGUCCAACAUUUCAGUGUACAUGUUUUGUUAUUUUUUUAUCUAAAGUUUAUAUUUUCUUAUUCUGUAGUUAUUCCUGGCUUUGCUUGUGUUAUCCAGUGUUGUGUAAUAAAACGCACUAUAAAAAGAAAAUAAACUACUUUACAAUUA